ACGAUCUUUGCGCCUACCCCAAUGCUGGCGCGAUUGUUGUUUCUCUUGCCGGCUCUUUCCGCGGCCUUCGCUCCACAUGCUCUCACCGGCUCGUCAUCUCUUCCGCGGCAAGGCCUUGCUCUGAGGGGCGUGUGCAUGUCUGCAGGUCAAGAAUCCAUGUACCACAAGAUUGAGACCAUCUUGCAAGAGGGACUGAACCCUGUGAGUUCAGUAGCAGCGCUAGCGUCUGAUGCUAGAUGACACAGGCUUUCAAGCCUCUGAUAGCCUUUUUCAGAGUAAGAUGAUUAUUACAGACAAUUCGCAUAUGCAUGCUGGGCAUGCCGGUGUGCAAGGGAGAAGCGGGGAAACACAUUUUGCGGUUGAGGUUGUGAGCGAAGCAUUCGUUGGCCUUCGACCUGUCCAGCGUCACCAGCUUGUUUACCGUUUGCUCUCUAAGCAGAUGGAAGGUGGUAUGGAGAAUGGAGGGAUUCAUGCACUGCAAAUUCAAGCUCGCACUCCCGAAGAAUCCCAAUCAUGAAAUUCAAUAAAAGAUGGG